GGUUUUCCAACGUCAACCCAAACGGAUAUCUACACAAUCGCUACGAGUUUCCAACCACCAAGUGAAUCGCAAAACAAUCGCAUACCCAGUCAAGUGAAGACGAUGCUACGCGAAGCGAUGCAAGAGGCGGACAUUUUGAUCUUAGGCGCGGGGUGGACAAGCACUUUCUUGAUCCCUCAGCUGAAGAAAGAAGGCCUUACAUACGCCGCAACAACGACCAGCGGCAGAGACAACACCAUUCCCUUCAAAUUUGACCCCAACUCCGGUUCGAUUGAGCCAUACAAGCGCCUUCCAUCCGCACGUACCGUUCUGAUCACAUUCCCACUGAAGGGCCACGGGCAGUCAAAAACCAUCAUUGGCUUGUACCGUGCCGUCCAUGGUCCGAAAAACAACUGGAUCCAACUCGGUGCAACAAGCAUUUUCAACCAACUCCCUAACGAUUGGAAUGACGAUGAUGCGCCGUACGACAAAGAAGACGCGCGUGCUAUUGCCGAAGACGAGCUACUUGGCGAGCAUGGUUGUGUGUUGGAUCUGUCUGGUCUGUAUGGCGGCGAGCGCGUCCCGUCGAAGUGGCUGCCGCGUUUGGUGAAGAGCAAGGACGAUGUGAGGAAGCGCGGUGCUGUGCACUUUGUGCAUGGUGAAGAUGUAGCACGUGCGAUCCUCGCGACGCAUCGCAAGUUCACACCAGGGAAGAGGUGGAUCGUUUCAGAUUUGAGGGUGUACGAUUGGUACGAUCUGAUCAUGAGUUUUAGCGCGCCAGCUGCGGGUACCGAGGAAAGCGCACAAGAGCAAGAGGAGAAGCUGCAAUUUGCAAAGUGGGUUGGUGAGCUAAUGAUCGAAGAGGGAAUAAGGGCUCUUCCGCGGGGGAUGAGUGUGCUGGGUCGAAAGCUAGACUCUAGGGGGUUCUGGCAGUAUCACGGGGUCUGGCCGAGGCAUCAGAGGCUGUACUAGAUAGGAACUAUAGAAAGAACAUCGUGGAC